GCAGCAGCAGGACGGGACAGCGCCCCGCCCCCCUCCAGGCUGCUCCGGGCUCAGACACAAACACACCCGAGCCUGCGGACUUUCAGCUCGGCUUUUACGCAGCGAGGGGAACUUUUACGCGACAAAAAUCUGACUUUGGAGCGUGUUGAAGAGGAUUUAACGCACACUGCUGGAUGUCUGUAAACUUCCCUUUAGUUUUCAAUGUGAGGUUUCCAGCGUUGGAGUUUCGCUUUGGAGUUUGGGGAUCCCAUAACUAAUCUUAACGCGAAAUAACUCCCGAGCAUAACCGUGUUUCAAAACCUCAUCCGCGCGCUGCGUGUCUCCGCUGCUAAGUGAGUGAUGAUUGGUUUGGAAAUGUCAGCUCCGCACACUCCAUCAUCCCGGCGGGGCUGACGGGCGGAGGGAAAGUAAGAAACCACCUGUUGUGGAACUUUCCUGGACCUUGUCACGGAUAAAGCCGAGCUGCUGAAACCAGACUCCGGACAGAGCCGAGUGAGAGCGGAAUGCAGGUUCGGGUUCGGCUUUUACGCACGGAGCGGACGCGCUUCUCCCUGCACGGUCCCAGUGUCUCCGGGGGGCUCCGGGUUGUUGUGUGUUUGCAGUGAGCAUGUUGCCAUGGUGUCCCGGGCUCAGGUGAGCAGCACGGCGGCGGGAUGGCUCGCGAGGACGCGGUGAGGUGUCUGCGCUGUCUGCUGUACGCGAUCAACCUGCUGUUCUGGCUGAUGUCAGCGUGUGUGCUGGGGGUGGCAGCAUGGAUCAGAGACCCCCUGAACACCGUGCUUACCCUGACAGCCCACACCAGUUUCUGCAGCCUGCUGGUGAUUUUCUGUGUGGAGUUGGCCAGCGCUGUCUGGACCUACGACGAGCCCUCAGUGCAGCGCUCUGAUAUGAUCAGUCUGAAGUCUCGGAUGCCGAACUACGGCCUGCAGCAUUACCAGUGGCUCACGCACACCUGGAACAGCUUCCAGACAGAGUUUGAGUGCUGCGGGGUGAUCUACUUCACUGAUUGGCUGGAGAUGACAGAGAUGGAGUGGCCCCCUGACUCCUGCUGCUCCAAUCAGUAUCCAGGAUGUGCUCGCCACGCCCACUACCACGACCUCAGCGACCUGCACCAAGAGGGCUGCGGUCCGAAGAUCUACGGUUUCAUCCGAGGGACGAAGCAGCUUCAGGCGCUGCGUUUCCUGGGCGUGUCCAUCGGCGUGGCUCAGAUCCUCGCCAUGGCGCUGACGCUAACGCUGCUCUGGGCGCUGUACUACGGGCGGCAGGCUCCGGAGCCGGACCCCCCCCCGCCGCCGGACGCCUCCGCCCAGCACGCCGUGACACACACGGCGCCGGCCGCGCCGGGAUGCAGCCACACGAAGAAGAGCUGCAGCGGGACGCAUGUCGCCAUGGCGCCCAGCGGGACGCAUGUUGCCAUGGCGCCCAGCGGGCUGCAGAUUGAGAUGGAGCGCCUGGCGUAGCCGCCUGAACACACCGUGGGGAGGGGGGGGGAGGGAACUACACGUCUUAUUUUAGGGGUUUUAUUUCAUCAUUUCUAUCAAUAACGACUCUGGGUUACACUUUACUUAACUUGGCAUUUUUUGGCGCACU